AUGAUAAUACAACCAAAUCAUAGAAGAAAACCAGAGUUUAAUGAACGAUAUUAUAUCUGUAGAACCACUGAAAAAUAUUCCACAAAUUUCAGUAUUAUUGUUCAAUAUAAUAGAAGAGUCAACCAUAAUUUAUUAUCAAAUGCUUUGUAUUCAUUAAUUAGAAAGAAUAGUUGGUUUGUCCAGAAUUUUUUCCAAGUGGAUCAAAGGAAUCCAGCAACUACUAAUGGCCAUAAUUUCGAGGUACGAGUUCUUGAACAAGUUAAAUUCUACGAUGUCGUUAAAUUUCAUAAAAUUGACACAUUUGAUGAAACAGUCAUGGAAUCUCUCAAUGACCAUAUUUUCAGUAUGAACAAUGCUAAUUUACCAUUAUGGAGAAUCAAUGUUUUUGAAGAGAGGAGACCAAAUGGAGAUCAAUUUGUAAGUGUAUCAUUUGAUCAUUCAAACUAUGAUGGACUUUCAGGGGUCCAAUUCCAAAAAGAUUUGGCGAGAGAAUUGUCAAUUGCCAAAGAUGAUUCGUUUUAUGAUGUUUUAUUUGAUUAUCAACAUGAUUUUGAAAAUUUACCUGCCACUAUUUUACCAGCAGUAGAUAAUUUAACAGAUUUGUUUGAUUUAAGUAUGUUACUGAUUAGUAAUUCUAUUUUAAAAAAAUGUGUUCCAUUUUACAAUACUAUUUGUGACUAUAUUUGGCCUCUGGAUCCAUCAGUUUUCUAUACUGAUAAACAAGUUACUAAAAACCUACAAACUAAAUAUAAGUUUUUGAAGCUAACUUCAAAUCAAGUUGGUCAAAUCUCCAGGUAUUGUCGACCACGUGGACUUACUAUAACUACAUAUUUUGAUAUAAUCUGUGUAUGUGCAUUACAAGAGACAGUUUUCUCGGUGGUCAAAUCACCUGCUACUCAUACAUCUUCAUUAGUUGCUAUAAAUGGCAGACGUUAUUAUUCUGAGGAAAUCAAAAAUUUCCUUUAUGGUUCCUUAGUAUGUGGAGCACCAAUUAUUUUACCUACCAUUGAAAAUAAACUUGAAUCAAUGCAAAUGUUCCACAAGCAGAUGACUAAUGAUAUAAAUACUAAAAAGUCAUUCAAAUCAACCGGUAACCUAAUUAAACAUGACAAUGUGUGGGAAUUCUUCCAGAACAAAAUUGGUAAAAUUGGUGGGAGGUUUACAUUGACAAUUUCUAACCUUGGUAAAAUAUCAAACUCAAAUGGUACUUUUAAAUUUGAACAAUUAUAUUUUAUUCUGAAUACUGGGGUUGUCUAUAAUUUUGUCUUGAAUAUUACUACAUUACCCAAUGGAGAGUUAACUGCUGUUGUUGCAUAUAUUCCUGAAUUCGAAAACUAUGAAUUGAAUGAUAAACCAAUAAUGGAUACAUUUAUGGAAAAGUUUUAUGAUUUACUUAUUCUUACGUCAUCCUGA